AUGGCAUCCCUUAAAUUCUGUGCAGAGUGCAACAAUUUGCUAUACCCCGAGGCGGACCGAACAAACCAUGUCCUGUUGUACGCGUGCCGCAACUGUCCCUACCGCACUGAGGCGUCCAACCCCCUCGUUUUCCGAAAUGACUUGAAGCUCAUCUCCAAGGAGCAACCCGGUGUGAUCGAUGAACUGAUGACCGAUCCAACGCUACGACGAACGCAGGAUCUUACGUGCCCAAACUGCGGACAUACCGAGGCUGUCAUGUUCCAAGAUCAGAGCAAGCGUGAUCUUAACAAAAUGAUCUUCUUCUACGUGUGUUGCUACUGCAACCAUCUCUUCCGCGAUGACCCACUCGAGAGGCCGCCGGAGGAAACAGAAUAA